AUGGGAAACACGCCAGGACCAGACUCCAGCCCAGACGAUGAGGCCGGUCUGGCCCGCAAGCGACCGCGCAGUCCCGAUCCCGAGAAUGGGACUGAGCCUGGCCACGUGCCCAAGAAGCAGCGCCACACCUCGUCCAUCUCCUCCAAGGCCGCCAAACCUGCCCGCUCGUCAAAGAAGCGCGCCCACAGCCCGGAGUGCGACGAUUCCUUGGGGGCAGGGGGCGAUGGGGGCGACAUCGCCAGGAAGCGGCGUCGUCCUAAGCAGGAGGCAGAGCAGACAUCGUCACAGUCUCGGAGAUCUGCUGCUCAAUUCCUGCCGACACCGCCACCACCGCCACCUGCAGCAUUGCUAGACCAGGAGCAUGCCCGGAGUGUAGCCCACAUCCAGAGAAUCCGCUCCGGCCUCCAGGACAUCGAGAGGAGGCUUGCGCGCUUGGCGCAGCUGUCCGACGUCUACUCCUUGCAUGAUCGGAGCACAAGCAGGCUGGAGCUCCGGAACAUGAAGAAUAGAAGGAACGCGAUACCCCCAGUCUUGGAUUACCCCGGGCACAACUCUUUUUUGGAUACAUUCUACUCCGGUUUCACAACUCACGGCCAUCCACGGCCUCGCCUUCCAGCAGUCGCUGGCAACCCUACACUUGGAUACACUCGGGCACGGAUUUAA